AUGAAGCUUGUAGGGGCUGAUCCAAAUGUCCAACGACAAGUUGACAAUCGAUUAUUUCAUUUCGAUUAUAUGAACAUAUUCAAUAUCAUUGACCGUCGCAACCACCAAUGGAGCCUUUUAGUAAUCCUUGUGACUCGUUGUUUUAGUACGUGGUGGUCUGUUGCGUUACCAAGUCUAGCUAAUGAGAAUCCUGGUUUCGAUCCAAUUUCGUCAACAUCCAAGCAUCCCCCGGAUCUGCUUGAUCGAGACAUCUCUAAAACAGUCAAAAUCAACUCAAAUUUUGGUCACCGUAGUUGUUCCGAGUAUCUUCGACGCGAUUAUCAGAAAGAACAAUAA